AUGGAUGAUGAGUCAAAUGUUACAUAUAUAACUCUGAGCGGGCAUGUGGAAGUGGACAAAUACAGACACCUUUAUUUUCUGAUCAUGUUCUCAGUGUAUAUUCUGAUAAUCUGCUGUAAUUGUACUGUUGCGUGCCUCAUCUGGAAACACAAAAACCUCCAUGAGCCGAUGUACAUUUUCAUCGCAGCUCUGUUAAUCAACUCUGUUCUUUACAGCACUGCGAUCUACCCGAAGCUGCUGAUUGAUUUCUUAUCUGAGAAGCAGAUCAUAUCUUAUUCAGCCUGUCUCUUUCAGUUUUUUUUAUUUUACACCUUAGGUAGUUCAGAGUUCUUACUGUUGGCAGCCAUGUCUUAUGACAGGUAUGUGUCCAUCUGUAAACCUCUGCAAUAUCCAACUGUCAUGAAGAAAACAACAGUUUGCAUCUUCUUGGUUUUAGCUUGGAUCGUACCUGCUUGUCAUAUUGCAGUCCCAGCAAUACUGAGUGCUGAAACUACGCUGUGUAACUUCACUCUAAAAGCAAUAUUCUGUAAUAAUUCAGUUUACAGGCUUCACUGUGUAAGAUCGACAGUAAUUACUGUAUACGGUGUAGUUGCUUUAUUAGAUCUCGCGGUUGUCCCUCUGCUCUUCAUAAUCUUCACUUACACAAAGAUCGCUGUAAUAUCUUAUCGGAGCUGUAGAGAAGUGAGGAGAAAAGCUGUAAAGACCUGCUUACCUCACCUGCUGGUUCUGAUCAGUUUCUCCUGUUUGACUGCGUAUGAUGUCAGCAUAGCUCGGGUGGAAUCUAACUUCCCAAAAAAUGCACGUUUAAUAAUGACUUUACAGAUAGUUUUGUAUCAUCCUUUGUUUAAUCCACUUAUAUAUGGACUGAAAAUGAAAGAGAUUUCUAAACACCUCAAAAGGUUGUUCUGUCAAACCAAAAUCAUUUGA